AUGGCUUUCCCACUUGAAGACCCGGAGUGGCAAGGCCUCACGUCAAAAGGAAAGGCCGAACUCGCCGUUGAAAUAUUCAACGACCUCGAGAAUGUGGUGGAUUGGAUAGAGACACUCUCGCAGUUAUGCACGAUCCUCUACAGCCAAGUGAAAAGACACGAACCAGCUCGGCUGUUACACGGGGAGCUAGAGACAGCGCUUAGAGAUGAAACCCGCAAGGCCAAAAGUUUCCUGAUGCACUUGCAUGAUGUACAGGGCAUCAUGGCGAACGAUCAAUAUGCGAAGUUACGCUUUGCAAAUCUUAUAGGCGAUCGGAGAUCCAAAGCGCUUCAUACGGCUUGUCUGAACCAUGGGAUACAUGUCAGUAAUAGCGGUUAG